CUUAAAGAAAAAAAUUGACACUGCUGGAUCCGUUUAAAUCCGCAUGUGUACAGUAAGUUGGUCCGUUCCACAGAGGAAAAAGAAAAAAAAUUGACACUCCCUAUUCUACCCUUCAUACAAACGCUCAUGGAGCAGGAAAUUUGAAAUGGGAAAAGAGUUUUUUCCUCUCUGCGAUUAUAUGUUUUUAAUUUAAAAAAAUACAACAAAUGUAUUUAGUAUUAUUGGUUAUGAUGUUUGGUUUUUAUUGUUUAGAUAGAUGUUCAGUCGGAGAAAAACCACAAUCUCAUCCUCUUCGUCUUCGGCUGCCUGCCAUUCAUCUUCUUCACCACGAACUCCUCUCAUCCACUUGCUCCAGCCGAGGAACCCGGACGACGAUUUAGAGAACCGUGCACAGCGUUUCUUCCAACGCUCUAUAAUGUAGAGGAAGAUCAGGUGACGACAAGCGGCAACGGUUUUCGACUCAUGGGGUUAGAACAGGGGAAGUCAGAUGGGAUGAUAGAAAUGGGUUGUUGGUUGAUCGAUUCGAAUCUUCCAGUCUUUUACACUGGAGUUUUAGCUUCAGGGUUUUGGCUUUUGCCUUUCUCUUCCACUUUUCAUAAAUUAAUAAUCUCAUUCCAAUUUAGAUCUGAUUGAAUCCAGUCAAUCUACAAUCAACGCAGGCGGGAUUUACAGCGGCGGAGGGGAAUCAGGCUCGAAAUCAUCAACGGGCCGGCGAGAGGGAGGGAAAGAACGGAGAUGGGAGCGCUUUCUGGGUUCUGUAUUCAAAAUGGGCGUCAAAAUAUCGCUGGAAAGGAUUUUCGGUCAAAAUACCGUAAAAUAUCGUUGAAUAUCGCGAUAUUUAUUAAUAUAUUGUAUCUCGUCAAUUUCAAUUUCUCGUCAAUUUCUCGCGUUUCGAUUUUGGUUUUGAGGACCCGAAACGUUUCGCGUUUCGGCCCGCCGUUCCACGUUUCCCGAGUCCUUUUGAUGGGUUUCGCGGGUCCUCUGAAGCAGGUGCCGCUGGGCCCAAUAUGUGGAUGGGCCAAGACAUUUAAUCGCUCCGGAUAACUUUUGAUCAUGCAGGCCCAUAUGAGCAACCCCAUCCAGAGCUUUUUGGUUUUAUGCCGGAUUCUGGCCGAUGGGGACGGGCCCAACUCCGGCCACCCCUGGCCCUAAAGCUACGAAGCUGCAGAAACGGAUAGAAGGCACGGAAAUUUACGGGAGAAACGCCGAAACGUGAAACGUUUCUCCACCUCAAAACCAAAUCCGAAACGCGAUAAAUUGACGAUAAAUUGUAAUUGACGAGAUAUCACGAUAUGAAGAUAUUUCGCGAUAUUUACGAGAUAUAUGCGAUAUAUUGAUUUUCCACGAUAUAUUGGCAUGAAGAGGUCAGAUAAAUUGCCGGAAAAAAUCUUUUUAGCGCCAAUUCAAAAUAAAACCCCCAUUUUCCCCCAUGGCGCUCUCACCUUCUGCAUAGUUUGCUCCACACUCUUCUGAGUACCGCGAAACUGUUCGAGCCGAUGAGUUCUCCUCCACUAAUUGGCGGCGGCGACGACGACGAAGGCUUCGAUUGGGAGGCAGCGGUGAGAGAAAUCGACGUGGCUUGCGAAAAUGCGAAGCCCUCCUCUUCUUCAUUCCACCACAGCCGGCCGUCUUCCGUGCUCGAUUUGGAUGCGGAGAAUCGCCGCCCCGCCGCCGGCGGCGCUUGGAAUUCCGAGGUAGCGUCCAAUUACUCGUCGUCGUCUUCUCUCGUUAAUAAUGGAAGGAGGACUGGGAAUUGCAGGCAGAUGACGCUUGAUAGUUUCGUCGGGAAGGCGGCGGCUGUGCGCCAGGUGAAGAAGUGGGUUGUUGAGGAUGUAGAAGGAUCUGCAGGGAGCAUGGGUGAGGUUAGGGAAGGUGGAUUUAGUUGUGUUGAGAUUGAUGCUGAGGCCGCCAAGACUUGGGUAUAUCCAGUCAAUGUUCCUCUUCGAGAAUACCAGCUCGCCAUAACUAGGACAGCAUUGUUUUCAAAUACAUUGGUGGCAUUGCCAACUGGCCUUGGAAAGACGCUUAUUGCCGCAGUUGUUAUGUACAACUACUUCCGUUGGUUUCCAGAAGGGAAGAUUGUUUUUGCUGCUCCUUCUCGGCCACUCGUACUUCAACAGAUAGAAGCAUGUCAUAAUAUAGUCGGAAUACCACAAGAAUGGACAAUUGAUAUGACAGGUCAGAUAAAUCCAACAAAACGAACAGACUUUUGGAAAACGAAACGGGUGUUCUUUGUUACUCCCCAGGUCCUGGAGAAAGAUAUUCAGGCCGGAACAUGUUUAGUUAGAAAUCUGGUGUGCUUGGUGAUUGAUGAGGCUCAUCGAGCAAUGGGGAAUUAUGCUUACUGUGUCGCAGUUCGUGAGCUGAUGGCUGUACCAGUCGAGCUUAGAAUAUUAGCCUUGAGUGCUACCCCAGGAUCAAAGCAGCAGACAGUCCAGCAAAUUAUCGACAACUUGCAGAUAUCAACCCUGGAAUACCGUGAUGAAAAUGAUCCUGAUGUCAUCCCAUAUGUUCACAACAGAAAGAUUGAAUUGAUUGCGGUGCCUAUGGGAAAAGAUGCUCUUGACAUAAAUAAGCUGCUCUUGGAUGUCAUACGUCCGUAUGUGUCUCGGCUUUCUGCUGUUGGACUUUUGCAGAACAGAGACUGCCAGACUUUAAGUCCUCCAGAUUUACUCAAUUCACGUGAUAAAUUUCGUCGAGCACCCCCACAAGACCUUCCACAGAAUAAGUUUGGUGAAAUUGAAGCUUAUUUUGGAGGUCUUCUCACCCUUUAUCAUAUAAAAAGGUUACUUUCCAGCCAUGGAAUAAGGCCGGCAUAUGAGAUGCUGAAAGAAAAGCUGGAACAAGGAUCAUUUGCAAGGCUAAUGAGUAGAAAUGAAGAUAUUAAGAAAAUGAAACUCUUAAUGGAAAGAAACUUGACCCAUGGUGCACCUAGUCCCAAGUUAUCCAAAAUGUUGGAAGUACUGAUUGACCAUUUCAAAAGCAAGGAGUCCCAGAACUCACGGGUUAUAAUAUUCUCUAAUUUCAGAGGGAGUGUCAGGGAUAUAAUGAAUUCCCUAGCCAGCAUUAGUGAUUUGGUGAAAGCAACUGAAUUUAUUGGUCAAAGUUCAGGUAAAGCUUUGAAAGGCCAAUCCCAGAAGGUCCAACAAGCUGUGUUGCAGAAAUUUCGAGCUGGUGGUUACAAUGUGAUUGUUGCUACAUCAAUUGGCGAAGAGGGCCUGGACAUAAUGGAAGUUGAUCUUGUAGUAUGCUUUGAUGCCAAUGUAUCACCACUAAGAAUGAUUCAGCGUAUGGGUAGAACUGGAAGGAAACAUGACGGCAGAGUUGUGGUUUUAGCUUGUGAAGGGUCAGAAAUGAAGGGUUACACUCGAAAACUAGCCAACAGCAGAACUAUAACGAAACACAUGCACAAUGGCGGUACAAGUAGCUUUAGUUUCCAUUCUAGCUCAAGAAUGAUUCCCCACAUUUUCAAACCAGAAGUCCAAUUUGUUGAGAUGUCAAUCGAACAAUACAUUCCUCGUGGAAAGAAAGUUAAAGAUGCCACUGAUAUCCAGACACCUAUAUUCACUAAGAAGCUAACUGCUGCCGAGAGUGCUGUGGUUGCCAAGUAUUUCCAGCCUUGCCCUUGGAGGCCGUCUCUUAUUGCCUUCCCAAGUUUCCAGGCAUUUCCCUCCCGGGUGCAUCAAGUAAUGCACUCUCACAGAACAGGGAUGCUGAUCGAUACAAUGCAAAAUCUUCAAGCUUUGUCCUUUCCUCUGGACAGCAGAGGGUUUUCCUUUGAGGAUGAAGCAGCUUCAGGUAAGUGUCAGGGAACUGAGAGCCCAAAUAGAGAUGAUAAUGAUGAAGAAGACUUGGGAGUGGGCUAUGGCACCCCAGAGCACAACUCACAGAGCAAUUCAAGGGAUUCUGAAGGACCAAUUUCUCAAAAACUGACAACCAAGAACCUUAGUGUUUUAGAUCUUACUGGGGAAAGUCAUUCAACUCAUGCUUUUCUCUUUGGCUCUGAUUUUGUUUCUGUGGAUUCUCUUGGCAAGGUCCUAAUUUCAUACGUCCCUUCACUUCCUUUGAAACUGGUAUCAUAUCCGAGGUGUCCUGACAAUGAGGCUGUACCUCUAAACUGUGCAAAACGAAGUCCUUCACAUUUGAAGACUUUGGUUGAAGGCUCCAGUGGACCGACUGUUCUACAAAAUUUUUGCACUCACUUACAUUCACUGUCCGAGGAUCCGUGCAAAAGAAAUAUCUCUGUGGAUGGCUUGAAAUUGUCUGAGAGUGCAAUUUUGGUGGGAGAUAUGGUGAACGGAGGAGAUAGUGUUGGUGAUAGCUUUGUUGAUUUUGGGAUCAAUUCGCCUUGUCCGAGUGCUGAUGAGUGCUGUCACAGUCGUGAAGAUACUGAACUGAGUCCUCGCUUAACCAACAUGAUGCAAAAUGGUGUUGUUCCAGAGUCUCCUACGAAUGAUCAUGAUUUGCUGAAUGAUAAAGAGAGAGCUGAAAUUAUCACACCCAUGAAACUGCAUACCAGAUUGCUGACUGUCUCUCCAGGUCCUUGGAGAAAUGAAUCAAAUGCAGCUGCUGUAAUUGGGGAAGCAGAUAUGGCUGAUCCUUCUAUCAUUGAUCAAAUUCAGACUCCUUUGCGUGAAACAAGUGCUGCCAAAGUAGACAAAAUUGUCUAUUCAAUUUCUCCUGCUCCCAAAGCAAGCAACUCCAGCAAAGAUUGGCCUUUCAGUCCUGCUGAUGAUAAAUCAGACAGUGUUAAACCAGUACGCAGACUUAAAAGACUCCGAAAAGUUGGGGAUCUUGAGAAGAAUAAGAAUCCUGGAAGCAUUAAAGAUGCUCCUUCUUUCCAUGAAGCAAAUCCUAAUGUAUGUGUCAACGGAGCCCACAGAAAUCAACCUAAACAAGGGAAAGGUAAAAGGGAGCAAUUUGGCAUCAUCCAGGACUUCAUUGAAGAGGAAGCCGAGGUUUCUGAAAAUGGCGAAGUAUCCGAGGAUGAGAGAGUUGAUGAAGAUGAUAAUUCGUACGACCAGAGUUUUAUAGACGACAGAAUAAACCCCACAGCUGGAAGUGCUGAAACACAACCUAGUCGAGUGGACAUGAUGGCAGUUUAUAGGCGUUCGUUGCUCAGCCAAUCACCAAUGGUGAGGGAAUCCCCUUCAGCAUCUUUUACUCCAGAUUGCAACUCUUCUUGCUCGAGCGGUAAAAACAAUACCACUGGAUCUUCCUCUACCAACACGCUUCAUUCACUAAGGACACCUCUACAUGAGAACCAAGAAGGGCUACAGCCAUCUCCAGCUGUUCCUUGCACCGCAGCCUCUAACAUCCCAACAGAAAACAGCACUAUGUUGGAGAUGAGGAAGAGAAGAAAGCUGACUUUCCAUCAACCUGCAGCAUCUGUUCCCAUAAUCAACUUGGAGGAAGAAUUCUCUAAGCAGUUGGAGGCUGACCCGAAUCCUUCUAACAACAUCGAUGAUCCUGAUACCCAUGAAGACAUGCUCUACGACGAUCAGUUCUUUGCUGCUCUUGAUGCUUUGGAAGCACAAGCUACGACUACUCAGCAGAACAGGCCUAAUUUAUCUGUACAGAAGCAGGAUACUAUGUUGCCAAACUCAGAACUCCAUGGCACACCAACAUUUGAUCUCGGGAUUUAGUAGUAAUCCUCCAAAUCGGCAAAAGGUUGAAUGCUUUGCUAGUGAAAUGUCCUGCUGCUGCUGCAUUGCAGUGCAUUGUACAGAUCGGCUCGAUAGGGAAAGUGGAUGUAUAAGUUAUAUUCGACAACUUGAAUCUUCUUGUGAAGUGCCUUGUACAGAAAGAGGGAAAGAAAGGGAAUGGUGAAUCCCAUUUUGGUUGUCAGGCUGCUAAUGAAAGAUUUCUAAAAUAAACACAACCAGAAAUCAAAUAAAGAAAAUAAAAAAAAUCGCAAAUAUCGAACCUAAUGGUCUCAAAGCAAAUUCGGAAAUUUUAACCCGUAAGAAAUUGAAUAAGAGAAGAGCGAAAGGGGCCUUAAGCCCCCACCCAAGGGAGUGUUCCCCGUAUUCCCGACAUGCUAAGGGAAUAGAGAGAGCGUAAUAUAGCAGUUAAUUCCCGUCUGAUCUUACCGUUAGCUGUAUUCUCAUUACUUAUCAAAUGUUCAAGAAGCUCACGUUUCUCCGGUUUUAACCGUUUUAAAUCCUCUGAAAUUAUCAACCGGUUUGUUUUUAGAGGUAAAACCAGAGGAAACUUUUAGAGACGGAGACAUGACCCGUUACAAAAACCACAAAAUACAAGAAUAAGUUCAUUCCUACCAAACGAUCCUUAACACUCUGUUUAGGUAGAGGGGUAAAUGGGAGGAGGGUGCAAAUGUGAGGGGUAAACACAGUUUCCAACACAUUUGCACCUGUUUGGUUAAUUUGGAACAGUAGGGGGUGCAAAACGGGAGUGCAAAUUUACUGUUUCGGCUUACCCCCGAAUUGGGGUGCAAGGGAAGGAAGGAAGAGAGGGGGAGGGGGAAAUUAUGGAAUUUUAUUUUUCUAAUUGUGUUAUAUAUAAUUAUAUAAUAAUUAAUAUUAUCAAUUUUUUCUUUUUAUAAAUAUCAUUAAUGUAAACAUUAUUCGGGGUUGACUAUUUGACUCUAGAAACAAGUUUAUCAAUGUUCGUCAAGUCAAAUCUAAAUCUCUUGGUUGAAUCGAAUUUGCAUUGAAAAUUAGAGAUACGAGGUGUUUGUGGAAAAGAUAGAGAGAAAUUGUUUGGUUAACUCAGUUUAUUUGACUAAAUAGUUAAAACUUAC